UUGCCUCAAGGUGGUGCGCUAUAGUACUUGUCUGGCCGGCGACUUCCUUCUAGCCUGCACCCUCAUCUGUCAUCGGUUUUUGGACUAAACAUGGCUGGAAACAAUUGCUAUACGAUUGUAGAAUAUUUCGGUGGGGACGACGGUUACCGCUGUGGUUACUGCAAAAAUGAAAAGGGAAACUUUUCUCAUGGUAUGUGGUCUCACACCAUGACAGUACAAGACUACCAAGACCUCAUAGACAGAGGAUGGAGAAGAAGUGGAAAAUAUGUUUACAAGCCCAUAAUGAACAAGACCUGCUGUCCACAAUAUACCAUCAGAUGCCAUGCUGCAAAAUUCCAGCCUACCAAAUCCCAUAAGAAAAUCUUGAAGAAGAUCAAUAAAUAUAUUUGCAAAGGAAUAUUGACGAAAGAGAGUGAACCUGGGGAACUAAUGGAUUCAGUGUGCGAAGUCGAAGGUCCUCAAGAACCAAGUAAAGGAAUUGAGUGUGCUAUUACAGACAUUCAGAAGGAGGUAGCAGAGUUUCCCGCUGUCACAAAUGUCAAGUUGAAUGAGGCAGAUGUCACACCCACUGUCUCAGAGCCACCUCGAAAAGAGCCGGGAUCUGUCCUGGAUGGCAGAACAACAGUCACAGCUCCUAAACCUGGUAUAGGACUUGACCCCAACCGACCCCCUUGUCGCAAGGCCAAAGAUUUAAGAAAAGAGCGCCGCCAUCAGAAGGAGCAGUUGAAAAACAGCGGUGUUGGGGUCUCCUCCACCUUGACCACUAGUCCUCCUACUGCCACUCCGACAAACCAAACCAAAACUCUGGAAGAUUUCCUGACAGAGACAUGCCCUGACAGUCCAUCUCAUUGCCUUGAGGUGAGGCUAGUGCGCGCCAAUCCCCCUUGCCCGCAGUUCAAAGCCUCUUUCGACGCCUCCUACCAGGUGUACAAACUCUACCAGAUGGCAAUUCACAAGGACCCUCCUGACAAACCCUCCGAGAGCCAGGUGAGGCUAGUACGAGUCAGCUUUGAGGACCCCCACUUUACAGCAUCAUAUCAGCAGUCUGUGGCCCUGUACACCCGAUACCAGAUGGCCAUUCAUGGGGAUGAUCCCAGCGAAUGUAGUGAGAGUGAGUUCCGGCGAUUUCUCUGCGAUUCACCGUUAGAGGCAGAGUACUCUGUCGAUGGGCCCGAGAUGGGUUAUGGCUCCUUUCACCAGCAGUACUGGCUAGAUGGCCAGAUAGUGGCAGUGGGAGUGAUCGAUAUCCUGCCUACUUGCGUGUCAUCUGUCUACCUGUACUACCACCCAGACUUUGCCUUCUUGUCUCUGGGCUCCUACUCUGCUCUCAGGGAGAUUGCUUUCACAAGGCAGCUACAGAAGUCGUCACCAAAGCUGUCCCACUACUACAUGGGCUUUUACAUUCACUCCUGUCCCAAGAUGCGAUAUAAGGGACAAUACCGGCCUUCAGAGCUGCUCUGCCCAGAAACCUAUGUCUGGGUAACCAUUGAGCAAUGCCUUCCACACCUGGAAAAUUCCCGAUAUGCUCGUUUCAACCCAAAUCCUGAUGAAGGAGAUGCUCGGGUCUUGAAAGACGUGGGCAGAGCGCUGGUGCUACACAGACGGACCGUCAUGCCCUACGCGGUCUAUUCCCGCAAACAGAAAGGCUCUCGCGAUGAGACAGAUGUGAUAGAAUUUGCUAGUUUGGUUGGUCAAAAUUGUGCUGAAAGGAUCUUGCUUUACAGAGCCUAACUCUGAUGAAUCACACCACUGAGGCAUUUAAAAACCACCUCCCAGCAACUGUGUCACUGAAACCUAAUUUCAGCCAAGCAGUACAAUGGAGCUUCAGUACAGUACAGAUCAUUUUGUCAAGUUUGGCAAAUGAUUAACACCUUGCCAGUUUUUCCCCUUUUUUCCCCCAGCAGCCUGUCGUAAUUGCCAACCACAGUACUACGCUACUGAUGACAUGGCACUAGGUGCACUGCUCUGCAAUGGUUGGUCAGUGGACCAUCAUUACUUCAAUGUGACAUGAAUGGGUGUUUAAACCAAUCUUCUUACUUGAUUCAUCCCGAUCGUUUGUCUUUUUGAUUGAUUUUUACAUUAAUUUUUGGUGGUCAGAAAAUGCAUUGUCUGUAUUCCACAAAUGAAUUGCAGCAGGCCACCCCGUCCACAAAACAAUGAUGCAACAUUGAACAGUUGCAUCUCUGCAUUUAGAAAUUUAGAGAAUGACAAUUCAAGUCACCCGUAAAUAAUGAAAGUGCAUUUUAGGUUCACCCUGAAGUUUUAGAUGGCAGCCUAAUAUCCAAAGCUUUUUGCACGUUAUGUAUUUUCUGACACUUACAAGAAGCAAGCUUAAGACAGUCAAUGCACUGGCUCUACUCCCCUGCUCCGAAUGCACAAAGGGUCCCGGGUUUGAAGGCACCAAAUUUUCCCCACAAUUUAACAUGACCCUUGACCAAUUGCUCUCUUAUAGUAUUAGCACCACACGAGUCAUCCUGAAUUGCUCAAAUCCUCUACUCGUUUGUCGUGAAAUCAUUAUGCCGCCAUUGCUUGGAGACGUAGCUUCAUGUAACCUGUUUCAUUUGAAUGGUGGAUUCAACAAGUGUGACACAUAUGGAUGGUUGUGCCAAAACGGAUGAAUUGAAGUUUAUUUCACAAUUGCCAGUUACCAUCUUGACUUCACAGCCUCAUUGGAAAGGCAAACUAGACCAGGUAUAAAGCAUCAGUCAGUUGCAAGCUGAACUACAUUGUACUGUUUGGUGGAAAUGUGGGUUUCUGGUCUGUCACUAUUUCUGAGUGAGCUUUGUGCCACCUCUCCCUGUAGUGUCACUUUUUUAAUUUGCAUAUACUUGAUGUGUGACCUUGUGACCUCACGUGGAUCAGUCCCUUAAAUGUACUUUUGAUUCUGUGUAUGCUUAUGUUGAAAAUAGACGUGCAAACUCACAGCUAUUAGAAUUUUUCCAAUUAUUGCUGCUGAAGGAGCAACUGACUUUCAAAUGUAGUUCACCAUUAAAAACACCUUUUUAAUUUCAUUUCAAAAUCAUUAUAUCCCAAACUCUCAAUCUCAUGAUCAGCCACAUUUUAAAGUCAGGCCUUUGUAUUUAUGUUCAUAAAUGUCUGUGCUUUUCUUUAAAUAUCAGCUGUUAUGUUCACCAAAUAAAGGGCUGUAUAUUGCCUGCUGGA